GUACUGCGUAGUGCGUACAGCRUAAGCAGCGCUCGACACCGGUACGCGGCGAUCGGCGUAACCAAAAACCGUUAAAAAAAAUAACCGYCCGAUACCAACACUGGCCAYACACCAUCGACCAAGCMGACGUUUUUACAUUUUCGUAUUUCGUUUUUCGCAUAUUAUUUUACAUUCGUAUUUUGUACAUCGCCGUUCGCCGGGUCAAUGGUUAUUGGAUUUCUGUUGUUUUGAUCGUUUUUUGGAUGCGCAAACGUCGUUUGACAAAUUAUUAUUUAAACGACAACUGCACACGCUUAAACGGUAAUAAAAAUAAAACCGGUUAACUUACCACUACCACCGAUGCCAAACGGUUUUGUUCUGCCGACGUCGAGAAAAUAGAAAGCAUGUCGUCCAUCAUGUUCGAAUCGCCGUCGUUGAAAGACAACUCAAGUUUUUUACAAAGAAUGGAUUCUUCAAUGAAUCCAGAUACAGAUAAAAUACAACUUAUAUUGGAUGAAAUUUGUGCACAUUCAAAAAAAGAAAUCCUUAAAGUUCAACGUAAUCUAGAUGUUAUCUAUGGACCUUAUUCAGAUGAAAAGAAAAAUGGCAUAAACCAACUUCAUGAACAUUUGAAAGCUCAUGUAACUUCAUUUUUGGAUGAAGUUGUAUUAGAAUCUGACAGAGACAAAAAUAAUAUUAUAAAAGAUAUUGAGGAACUGUUGGUUGAAAAGGAACUCUUAGAAAAGGAACUACAAAUGCAUAUUUCAAUUGAUGACCAUAAUGAUGCUACUCCAUUGAUUGAUGUUCAAAUUAAUAUCGAUAAAUCUCUACAAGAAUGUAGAAAAAUUAAAGAACAACGCAUGACAGAACUUAAUAAACUUCAAGAAGAAGAAAAACAAAUUUGUCAAUUACUGAACGAAAAGCCUAAAUACUCUGGCAUUAAAGAAAUGCCUUCUGCAACAUUACUGGAAAAUAUCAAAAGUCAUAUUAUAGAUUUAAAAAAUACUCAAAUUAAACGUCGGACUACAUUUUURGAAAAUAAAACUAAAGUUGAAUCGUUACUGGCAGAUCUAGGAGAAAUACCAAUUUUACAGUUUGAUAAAAUGGUGUUGGGAGAUACAGACCAGUUUCAAUUGUCAAAAUCUAACUUGGAUGAACUUCAAAAAUUAAUAAAACGCUUGGAAAAUCAAACAGAAAAUCAAAAAUGUAUGGCUAUGGAAUUAAGAACUAAAUUAAAUUCAUUGUGGGAUCGCUUACAAAUUGAUGUUUCUUAUAGAGAACAUUUUGUGAGUACCAAAAAGGGAUUUGGCAAAACAGUUAUACAAGAGCUAAAAUUAGAAGUUGAAAGAUGUGAGACCUUAAAAAAGGAAAAUAUCAAACAAUUCAUCGAAAAGUUACGUAGUGAAUUAAAUGAUUUGUGGGAUAGAUGUCAUUUUGGUGAGCGUCAAAGAAAACAGUGUCAUGUGUAUUAUAAUACUGAGUAUAAUGAGGAUGUAAUGGACUUAUUAGACAUUGAAGUUGACAAUGUUAAAAAAUUCUAUAAUGAUAAUAUUUCAAUUUAUCAUUUAUUUGAAGAAAGAGAACAUUUAUGGAAUAAAAUGAUUAUGAUGCAAGAACAAGCUAAUGAUCCAGCAAGACUUUGGCAAAAUAGAGGUGGCCAGUUAUUAAAAGAAGAAAAGGAAAGAAAAAUUAUACAAAAAGAGCUACCAAAAGUAGAAAGAGAACUAAAGAAUCAAUUACUAGCAUAUGAAGAAAGAGAAAAUAAGGUAUUCUAUUACAGAGAUGAAAGAUUAUAUGAUUUUAUUGAAAGACAGUGGGAUGAAUUAAAAAGCAAUAAAAAAAUGUUACAACAAACAAAGUCUAAGAUACAAACUGGAACAAAACCUCAAACACCACUAACAGCUACUCGCAGUAAAAGGAAGAUAGUCGGUACAUCAAGCAACCAAGCUUCUAAGGUCCGUAAAAUCGGCAUGGACCAUAAAGCUGUGAAUACCCCUAGAAGACAAUUGUUUAAUUUUCAUAAUACUAAUGUAGCCACAUUAGUACCAUUAAACUCAACUAAACUAAAUGAGGUAAAUCUAACUACAACAAGACAGCAUCCAAUCUUCCAUGGGUCCAAUGAUGAAAAUGUAUCAGUUGAAUCUUAUGCAACCUUCCAGGAACAUCUUGAAUCCAAAAAACAUAGGUUGUUUACAAGUCCAACUACUAAAAAUGUAUUGAGAGAACCAAACACAACAUUUACUACACCGAAAAAACCAUUAAUGAAGACUCCCGUUAAAGGAUCUCAAAUUCCAAUACCAACCACUCCUAAGACGCCAUUACGUACAACACCAAGAAUGACGCCCAAUACACGCACAGUUACCAAACUAACACGAACUAUAAACAACAAACUUCCCAUCAUUUUUUAACCAUGUUUUGUAAACUUUUUAAUCAAUUAACUGUUUAAUUUUUUUUUUCAAUUUAUCUUCUUGUAUGUAUAAUUUGUUACUUAAAUUUAUAUUGUGUCAGUAUUAUAUGUAAGAAAUUUUUAGAUACACAUUUGUGAAUAUAAACAAAUUAGUUUUUAAAUUUGUAUUACAAUUUUAAUAUAUGGUAUUUAUACUAUAUUUCAAUAAAUAA